CAUUGCGACGUCAUAUCCGGUCCCUUUGAUCUCAGACGGCGAGGUAGUAUGGCUGACACGAGUGUGGUGGAGACGUUGCUUCAGCUCGUUGAGAAGGUGGACGACGGCGUGGACAGCCUAAAUGUGGCGUCUAGCCUCGGAGUGGACCACCAGGUCGUCGUGGGAGCCGUGAAGAGUCUGCAGGCUCUCGGCGAAAUCAUCUCAGCUGAGUUGCGUUCCUCCAAACACUGGGAGCUGACAGUUGAGGGCAAAGAAAUUGCUGAGCAAGGCAGUCAUGAAGCCCGGGUCUUCAACUCCAUCCCGCUGGAGGGUCUGGCACAAAGUGACCUAAUGAACUUGUCCUUCGGAAAGAUUGGCUUCAGCAAAGCCAUGUCCAACAAGUGGAUCCGAUUGGACAAAGGACAUGAAGGCGGCCCCAGAAUAUUCAGAACCAUGGAGAACAUAGAGGACCAGGUGAGAGAGAAACUGCUUCUGGUUCAAAAAGGGGACGCCACAAACCUGGAAGAGAAAGAAAAGAACGAGCUGAAGAAGCGCAAACUUCUCACUGAGGUGACGGUAAAGUCCUACUGGAUCGCAAAAGGAACCUCCUUCAGCACCACUGUCACCAAACAGGAGACGGAGCUCACACCCGACAUGAUUGCCACCGGCAGUUGGAAAGAGAAAAACUUCAAACCGUACAACUUUGAGGCAAUGGGUGUGGCUCCAGACAGCGGACACCUGCAUCCGUUGAUGAAAGUGCGAACGCAGUUCAGACAGAUCUUCCUGGAGAUGGGUUUCACAGAGAUGCCAACCAACAACUUCAUAGAGAGCUCCUUCUGGAACUUUGACUCCCUCUUUCAGCCGCAGCAGCACCCGGCUAGAGACCAGCAUGACACCUUCUUCCUGUCAGACCCUGCACUUGCCCGUGAGUUGCCACAAGACUACUUGGAGAGAGUGAAGAGGGUCCACACAGAGGGGGGGUUCGGUUCACAAGGGUACAAAUACGACUGGAAGAUUGAGGAAGCACAGAAGAACAUCCUUCGUACGCACACCACAGCAGUCAGCGCACGCAUGCUGUAUAAACUUGCACAACAGGAGAAAUUCACCCCCGUCAAGUACUUCUCCAUCGACCGGGUGUUCAGGAAUGAGACUUUAGAUGCCACCCAUCUAGCCGAGUUCCACCAGAUAGAAGGCGUGGUGGCGGACUACAGGCUCACUCUAGGGGACCUCAUGGGCAUCCUGCAUCAGUUCUUCACCAAGCUGGGAAUCACAAAGCUACGUUUCAAACCCGCAUACAACCCCUACACAGAGCCCAGUAUGGAGGUGUUCAGCUAUCAUGAAGGUCUAAAAAAGUGGGUGGAAGUGGGGAACUCUGGCGUCUUCAGACCAGAGAUGCUGCUACCGAUGGGCCUCCCUGAGGAUGUAUCGGUUAUUGCAUGGGGGCUUUCUCUGGAAAGACCCACCAUGAUCAAAUACGGCAUAAACAACAUCAGAGAGCUGGUGGGACACAAGAUCAACCUACAGAUGGUCUACGACAGCCCCAUUUGUCGACUCGAGUCCUGAGUUUGGUACAGCUCUUUUUUUUUUUUAUAGACCUCGGGACACCUUCAUGGCUGCCAUUGUUGCUAUAAUUAAGUACACUUCUAUUAACAGGCUUUUGAAAUCAUGUAAGAGGCUGUUUCUGUUUCAGUCUCUAAUACUGACACCCUCCUUUGUUACAAAAACACAUAACUCGGAUUGUACUGGGAAAAUCACUGUUUCUUUUUCAACGGUAAAAUAAACUGUCCAUAUUGUAAUGCUCUUAUGCUUGUCUCAUGUAGGUAAUUUGGAAGAUAAUCUCGUACAACUAAUCAGAAGUGAUAUGUUAGCCAUCAAAACAUGAUAAGCUCAUGAAAAUGGUCAAUAUGUUCAUAAAUAGACAAAAAGCUUCCAUCUUCUAAUGUUAAAAGUACAGUAAUCCCUCGUUUAUCACAGUUGCUUGGUUCCAGACCGGACCGUGAAGUAGGAUUCAUCAUUAUAGAGAAUAUUUUGAUAGUUUGAUAGAGUAUAGAACCCUUGUUUAUGACCUUCCUGUAUGGUUUUUAAUGUCAGUAGACCUUUCCAGGCAUGAAAUGACACCCAUAGUCAAUUCUACAAAUUACCCAAUAUAGUAGAAUUGAUAAGAGUAAACUAAGACAAGAAUUGUGCUUGAGUGUUGCUGUAAAUGUGGAAAGCUGAGUAGGGGGAGGACAGGAUUUAUUGAUAUAUUUUUGAAACACAGCAGUAAUCAAAUAUAUUUAAAAAAAAACUUUAGUACUGUAUUUUUCUUGAAAAGAACAGCAGCAAAAUGUUGAAAUUGUUUGUGUUACUAGUAUGUGUUCUAGGUUCAUGAAUGCUUAAAAAAAGCAUGGUUACAAAUUAGGCUUAAAUCAUUACCCUGAUGAACGGUCACAAAUCUCCCACACUGGAGCUGUUCUACUUGCAGUUAUUUGGACUGAUAUAAUAUGUAUGUUCCAUGACAGGCCUUUCAUACCAGCCGGGGGAACUCCAGGAGAGUGUUCCCUGCACACUAAAAGACUCCAGGAUUAAGUCUUGUGUACAAGCGGACUCCUUGGAACUCCCUAAGUCUUCGCCUUAAUCUUAAUCCCUUCACUGUCUUGAAAUAACGUUUUAGUGAAGUGUGUGAGGCGGGCCAGCUGGUCACUUUACAGGUUUGGACGGCAGCCUGACUUGACGUGCAGACUGGAUUCAAAGUUUCAAGAAGAAUCAUACCUGCGAUGUCAAUGGCCAGAUCCUUGAUGAGAUGACCAAUGAUGGCAUAGGCAACUCCGACCACCACCAGGGCCGCCAUGAGCAGGUAGAGCACCGCCUUGGGCAAGGGGAUCAGGUCCUUCGAGAUGGGCUUGUACUGCUUGUAGAGUGGGUCCUCUAUGGAGGUGGAAUAGGGAUACGCAUGGGCUUCGUCAGUGGAGUUCCACACGGUGAAAUUAUAUCCAUUCAUGGCUA